CCAUCUUUGCCGACUCUCUCGACGGAUGAGACGUACCCGGAACAGCCGCCAGCGAGACCGUUACCGGAGUGGAUUUCUAACAAGUAUGCAUGUGAACGGCAGACGCCCCUAGUAUGUCCAAAUCAACCAUUCGCUGACGCUCUCUCCACCAUCAAACUCGCCCGAGAACUUAGCGGAGAUCGGGUUGGCGUUCGGGCGUAUGCCUCGGCUAUCGCCGCCGUUAAGACUUUUCCGUGGGCGUUCGAGCAGGGUGGGGAGAGGGAGUUGGGGAAGGUACCGGGUGUGGGGAAGAAGGUUACGAUGUUGUUGCGGGAAUGGCUCCAGACAGGGAGGCUGACGGAGGUGGAGGCGUUGGAAAAGGAUGAGGAGUUCACUACGUGCCGGCUAUUCUGGAACAUCUGGGGUGUGGGACCGAGUACGGCGAAGCACUUGUAUCAACAGGGAUUUCGGACCUUGGAGGAUGUCAAACUACAGUACUGGGGAAGGUUAACGCGGGAACAGCAAAUUGGACUCAAAUACUUCGAUGAUAUUGGCAUGAGAAUUCCACGAGAUGAGGUCGCUGAACUUGGACGUAUCAUCCAGACCAUGGCCGUCCAAAUCACGGACGGCGGAAACGGGGUCCACAGCGUUAUCUGUGGUGGGUAUCGGAGGGGAAAAGAAAUGAGUGGUGAUGUUGAUAUCAUCAUGACACACCGCACACAAUGGCAGCAUCUCGUUCAACGACUUACGGAGGCAUUGGAGAAGACGGGAUGGGUCACGCAUGUGUUGAGCAUUUCGAAGAGUAUGAGUGAGAGGGGUGGACACCCACCCGAACUACACGCAGAGAAAGGCAUCUGGCAGUCUGGAUGGGGCGGAGCGGACUCGCUGGAUAAAUCACUCCUUGUAUUUCGCUCACCGACGACACCGCCAGGGAGCGAAGCGAAAAUCCUACAUCGACGAGUCGAUAUCAUCAUCUCCCCUCCCUCCGCAUUCGGCACUGCGAUCGUGGGAUGGACGGGCGGCACGACCUUCGAGCGCGAUCUCAGACGCUUGUUGAAAGAGAGGAAGGGGUGGAGGUUUGAUAGUGGUGGGGUUGUUGAUAGGGCGACUGGGCAUGUCGUUGAUUUUGGGGAGUGGGAGACGGCGGAGGAGGCGGAGAGGGCGGUGUUUAGGGGGUGUGGGAUGGAGUGGAUUGAUCCGGAAUUGAGAAACACCGGAUAA